AGCAGCAAAGGAGAAACCCAAACCACAGGGCCUAGCUGGGAAAAGCACACAGCCGGCACCCAUCCAGCAUUCCUUCCUGACUGACGUGUCUGAUGUAAAGGAGAUGGAGAAAGGACUGCUCAGCCUCCUGACUGACUUCCAUUCGGGAAAGCUUCAAGCGUUUGGUAACGAGUGCUCUAUAGAGCAGAUGGAACACGUGCGUGAGAUGCAGGAGAAACUAGCUCGUCUCCACUUUGACCUUUACAGUGAGUUUGAUCAGUUACCAGAGGAUCAGAGAAAGAUAACUAGCAACAGCAAUCUGGAUAAGCUGUUGACAAACCUAGAGGAGCUGAGCUCUUCAAUACAGAAACUGAACCUGACAGAAAAUCAAGAUGUUCCAAGGGCUCCCACCUCCUAAAAGCUGAUGGGAAGUCUGUGUAUCAAUGAACCAAAUACUGAUUAACACUGAAAACUGAUGGAAAGAAAA